AUGAGAUCAAAAUCGAUAAAAUUAUCAGUAUCAUUACCAAAUGAAAUUGUCUUGGAAAUAUUCAAACAUAUACCUUCAAGACAAUUAACAAAAUUCAUGGUACUUUCUCGUGCAAUGAAUGUUGAAAUAAAAAAGAUUUUAGUAAAACGUUUCAAUGAUGUCUUUUGGAAUCCUCAUCGAAGAAUUCUGGUAAUGAUUACACGAUACGUAUUAGAUUUCGUUCCAAUACAUAAUACAUUUGAUCUUGGAUUUAAAUCAUUAGAUAAUGAAAAUUUAAUUGCAACAUUUCAACAAAAUUCAUCACAACGAUCUGGUAUGGUUGGUCCUAAUAAUAAAAGAUUAUGGGGAUUUAAAUUAAGAGGGGAUGGAAUACUUCGAGAAAAUCCAUUAAAUGAACCUUUAAUUUAUACUACUUGGGAUUCUCCUUAUGAACAAAAAGAAACGAGAUUAUAUACUUUUGAUAGUAAUACUGAUUCGGCUCAUCCUUUUAUUAAAACCUUCUUUGUUACCAAUGGUGCUGUAAGAAUACCUUGUGAUGAUUGUGAAGAAACCAAAGGUUCUUGGACCUAUAAAUUAUUUAAUAAUGAUCGUAAAAGAAAAAAUGCUAAUUUCACUCCAAAAGUUGAAUUUGAAGGUAGAAAUGAAAAGAAAUAUAAUGGUCCUGGAAAUCAUGAAGUUGUUGGAACUUUAAAAACUGUUCGUAUACAAGCUCCUAUGUUAUUAGCUUCUAUUGAAGAAAAGAAAAAAGAUAGAUACGUUGGUGGUUUAAAAUAUAUUGUUAUGGAGGGUGGUCAACAUUUAUUAAAAAGAAAGAGAAAUUGUGUCAUAUCUUAA